AAUUUAUUUAAAAGCUGAACAGUGCACCGUCUUUAAAAGCCUACGUGAUGCAAGGCCAAGCACUUCAGCAGCCGCAGCCAGUGUCGGCCUCGCCGGACAAAUUGAAGAGAGUCCCAGCCCUGCCAGUGUGGUGGUGGACAUCACCGAUGAUGAUGAUGACAGCAGCAGCCUUUCCUCUUCGGUGACUCCUUUCACCCUGGCUAAGAAGGCUGCACUAACCAAAGAAAAGGUAGAGGAAAUCCACAGGGCAGUUACCAAAUUUGUGGUGAUGGGGCUUCAUCCAUUUUCCACGGUGGAAUCGCCAUCUUUCAGGGAGAUGAUCACUGCUCUCAAUCAUAGAUACCAACCACCAUCCAGGGAUGACAUUUCCAACAGGUUUAUACCUGCAUGGUAUUCUGUUAUAAAACAGAAUGUCAUCAAACAGCUGGCGCAGGUCAUCAAAAUUGCAAUUACUUGCGAUGGAUGGACCAGCGUGGCACAGGACCACUAUCUAACAGUGACUGUCCAUUACAUUUACAAGGGCAGCAUCCAGCAGAAAGUGCUGAGCACUGAAGCAGUUUAUGAGUCCCAGACAGGGCCAGUGGUGGCAGAGGAAAUCAACAGUAUUCUUGAGGAGUUCCAGUUGACUGGAAAAGUCAUAGCUGCCACAGUAGACAACGCAUACAACAUGGAUGCUGCCCUGAGAAACUUGAAAUUUUUAAAAGUUGGGUGCUUUGCCCACACACUCAACCUGGCAGCACAGAAGGUGUACGGCAUCCAAGCUGUAACUAGGUGGUGUGCAAAGAUUCGCGCAGUGGUGGUGUGGCUGAAGCGCUCCACCAAGAGCAAAACUGUUCUGAGAGAAAAGCAGCGACUCCUCAAUUUGCCAGAGCAUAAUGUUAUCCUGGACGUGAGGACUCGCUGGAAUUCUCUAUACCUCAUGGUGGAGCGGUUUGUGGAGCAGUUCCCUGCAAUCCAGGCAGCUUGCCUUGAUCAAAGGCUAAGGAGGCCAAUGGAGAGGGACAGACUAGAAAGGCUUACAGAGAGUGAUUUUGAGAAGGCAGAGGAAUUCAUGAAAUGCAUGAAAGUCUUGUACACCUCAACCCUCCGCGUGUCAAGUAACAAGUCCCCCACAUGCAGCCAAAUCAUCCCAAUCCUCACGAAGCUGAAGGCACACUAUUCAACCUCCGAUGAUGACAAUGUCUUUAUGGCUGCUAUAAAAGAGAAGGUCUGGGGAGAUCUCGAGAAAAGAUAUCAGGAUCAAGACAUUCAGAACUUCCUUCAGGAGGCCACUUUGAUGGAUCCUCGCUUUAAAGGAAGGCUGGAAGUUAGUGUUGCGGAAGCUUGGGAUAGGCUUGAGAAAGCAGUGAUUGACAAUGCUACGGCAGCUCAGCUUCCAAUAGAGGACCCUCAUCAGAGUGAGGCAGGUGAGGAGGAGGACCAAGGAGGCAUACAUCCAAGAGGAGCUCACAAGAUGUCAGCCUUGGAGCAGUUGUUUGAGGAUGAAGACAGAGAACUUCUCCAUACAAGUCAAACAACAAGCAGUGCCCUCUCCAUCACAGAGCAGGUCCAGAAAGAGAUGGAGAUGUCCAAAGGCCUGCCAGCUAUCCCAUCUGGACAAGACCCUGUGGCCUAUACCGGUUUGAGAACCGUUUAGGCACCGGAACCGUUUAAAAAAUA